CAGUGACCAGUCCUUGUGGUCACAUUUUGUGAUGACGUCAUGAUCUGUUCCCUCUAGUAUACAAGCCUCAUCGUCAGACUCUAAUUUUCUAUCGAUUUUCUCUGAAUCUGAAGUCACAAGUGUGUCGUCGACGUCCUGUUCACAUUUUUGUGCAAUAUGAAGAUAAUUGUCUUGGAAUGUAAUCGUCAGAUAUCCUCCUUUUGCACACGAAGUCGAGUAGCUCAAUUGUUAUUUCCCGGUGCGAGAGUUGUGAAGCUCUUCACACUUGGCUUCCGUAAUUUGAUAUGAGGUCAGAAUCCCUCCGCGAGGAACUAUGUUCAAUUAGCAAUCAAUACAAAAAUGCUGUAGUCGUUGCAUCUGAUGGGUAUGUUGCGACAAAUACUUUCAGUGCAGUCUUGUGGAGAAGGUGACAUUGUGUACCACAAGAUUUGCAUUAUGAUAUUCAAUAGCAAGUGCAUUUUCCUUGGAACCCAUGUUCCCAACUUCGUACUUCAAGCCAUCUGGAUAUCAUACUUCUACUGUAAGGAGGACAACUUGUCUUCGAUGUAUAAUUAUACAAAUAACGGUAACCAAUGCCCCACCCUGAUGACACCUCUUUUGCCGCUCCCGCUCUCUCCUGUUUUAGUUAAUCAUACGCCUUUCAUGACUACCUCAAGUGGUUAGGAACAAAUCUUCAGGUUUGCUGAUAGGGUUUCCAAUUUGAGAGUGAUUCCCCGCUGGUAUUAUUGGCCUCUGUAUGUGUGUUUUAGUCUUUUCCAAGACCGUCAGGGUGGUGGUGAGUCGUGCCCACCAGUUUCUUAUUUCGUAGACUUAGAGCUUGGUUGCAACUAAGAGUGCUUCUGGUGCCGAUUCUCUACAGAGAGACUUUUCCUGGCGCGUGUCCUGUUUUAGUCAGAUUCAUUUCCAUCCAAUUUCGAAGUUCAUGUGGAAGCUCCGUGGGUUAUUUAACAACUGAUUUCCGAAAUUAUUUCUUUUUUCUUGAUCUUUCGAAGCAUUCCAUGCAGUAGAAGUUCAUGGUGAGAUUGUGCCUUUUCCCAAAAUUAGAGACUAACAGAUGCGUUAGUGCACAGCAAUUAUAGCGCACGAGGACUUCAAGUGAUUUUAGCAUGGCAUCGGAGAAUUCUGAACAUGACUCAUUGUCCGUGUCUGAAGAGAGCAGCUUCAAUUGCGACACCGUUAGCCCUGAAAGUCUUCCCAGUUUAAAAGUUGAAAGGAAACCUGACAAUGAUUGCUCCGUAGGUCCUGUCAUAAGUCCUAGAAUGUCUGCUGAGUUUGGAAACUAUUUGGACAAGGCGAUUGCUCAGGGUAGUCGAUCGUUCUAUGGGACGGACAGUGAGGCAGACGAUGACCACGGCGAUGACGGCGGUGGCUGUAAUGUAGUCUCGAUGGGCAGAGUGGCCCACGCGCUUUCUGAAGAUAUCAAUCACAGAAUUCGGUCAAGAGUAAGUCCGUGCUCGUCAAUACCAGACAAUGAUGAGUGUGCAGGAGAUGAGUCACAGAUUUGGGACAAUGUGGUUUUGAACGAGGAUCCAGUGUCCGCUGAGAUUCAGUCAAGCUCUGUUGUGAAAUUUGAUCACACCUUUUAUUUGCUACCAAAAUGCGAAGAACGGUCAGCGCAAACUUCAUCUCACGAGGAUGAAGUUAAGCUUGAAAAUAAAGAAAUUCCUGAAGUUGCGCAUACUCCAUCACAAUCUUCGGGUACAGUGCCUUCAGCUGAGCGUCUUGCAAAUUCAGAAGAUUUAAAGAAGCCAUUACUCGAUGCUAAUCUUCUCAAGGAGCGAGAAAGGCAGCUGCAAGAACGAGUGAGGUUGCUGAAAGUACAGAACUUUUAUCGGCAGUCAUCGGCCAGCUGUACCGAAUCUUUGAUGGAGCAGUUGAAGAAGAUCGACCUCACCUUGGAUCGUGGAAUAUUCAAAGUGUGCGAUCGUAAACUUAGCGAAAAUGCUUUAGCGACAAUUGUGGACGCUUUCAAGAACAAUAACCAACUGACGGAGCUCGACCUAAGUGGGUGUUGUAUCCAAAAGGGGGAUGAUCUUGCCGAGUUUGUUCGGACGGCCCCUUCUUUACAAAGGUUACUGUUGGCAUGGAACUCUUUGGGUGCGGCUCGUACUGGUGUUGCAGCUCUUGCAUUUGCCAUCGCGUCUUCCCCUUCACUCCAAGAGGUAGAUCUACGAAGCAACCAAAUAGGACCAGCCACUGCUGCGGCUUUGGCGCUUGCCCUUCGUACAAAUAACACGCUGAAACGCCUUGACUUGAUGUGGAAUGAAGUUGGGGCAAGUGGUGGAAUAGCUCUGUUAGGCAUGCUUGAGAAGAAUCAUUCUCUCACCGAACUGGGAUUGGCUGGAAACAGUAUCCCAUGCCAGCUAUUGGGACAGAUAGACAGCUUACUUCAGAGGAAUCGUACGAGGCAGUCGAUGACAGAGGAUUGCAGUGAUCCUGUAGUCAUUCCUGCAAUCUGUCCAUCUCAGUGUCAUGUCCCAGCAUGUACGGAAGCUUCAUCAACCGCAGUGAGUGGAAGCCCAAGCACUCGAAAAGCUAAAAAGAUCAGUCAGGAUGAGUUAGAAUCUCUUCGUAAAAACCUGGAUGAUGCGAAGGCGGAAUGUUUUGACUUGGAAAAGCAAAAGUGCGAUGCUGUGUGUCAUCUGAAGGCCUGUCGAGCGGAAAUGGAUAAAGAGAUCAAGCGCCGGGGAAAAGCAGAGCGCGAGACUGAGGAAGUCAGAAUGGAAUACAUUAAACUCAAACAGGAAAUAUGUUGCCUCCAAGACAAGUUGCAGUGCAACAUUUGUGAAUCCAGUGAGAUAAUAGUUCUUGAAACAGAAUUAAUGCGCAGAAAGGAGAGCGAAAAAGCAGCCCUAGAACGUGAAGCAGAAACUAUCAAGGAGAUUCAGUAUUUGGCAGAUCAGUUAGCAUUGUUGCGAGAAGACAGCAAUAAACGCAUAAAGGCCAUAGAAACAACAUCCAAGAAUGAUGCUGAGUACAAUUUUGGCGUGAUACAAAAGCUGGAAAGUUCUAAUUCUCAACGCGAUCAAAAGCACCUUGAGGAGACCGAGGCAUUAAGAUCCCAGUUACAAGCUGAAAUAGACUCACUGAAGUCUAAGAAGUGUAACCUAAUGAUGGAAGUUGAAAAGCAGAAGACUAAUACUAAGCUCAUCGAACAGCUACUAGCAAACCAGCAGCAGGUUCUCCAACAGGAAAAGGAAGCUAUUGAACAAGAGCUAAAACAUCAAGUUUCAGUGCAAAUGGUGGAGAUAGAAUGCCUACAGCAUCGAUUGGACGAUAAAGACAGGGAGCUUGCAAAAAUAAACCAGAAACAUGACGAAUGUAUGCAAGCCAUGGAGAAUGAUUUAAGGAAAGAGAGGGCAUCAGUAAAAAGAGCUGACCUUGAUAAAGCUCAUGCAGAACAAAAAAUUGCUAGUGUUGAAGCUAGCAUGAAACAAUUGAAGGAGAAAUACAAAGCAGAGCAGCAGAAGUCGAUGCUUCUUGGAGAGAAAAUUUUAGCGGAUGAACUCAAACAUAAUUCCAGUACGAUCGCUUUGAACAGCAAACACUCAGAAGAACAAGAAAUGAUGAGGAGAGAUUUAUUUCAACAACGAAAGCAGACAGACGCUUUGCUAAUGCAACUAAAAGAGAUGCAAGCAGAACAUGACAGGAGGAUGAAAGACAUUGACAUUCAAGUAAGAGGGGCAGAAACAACGCUAGUGGAAUGCGUUCAACAACAAUUCUCCGCCCUUCAGGCAGCAUUAAACUUUCAUGCUUCAGUCCCAGCCAUCGAGUAGUAAGUCUCUCAGUAAUCUGAAUAAGCAAUAUAUAUCACUACUUUGCUAACGCACAAUGUACCUUAACACUGACAUCGAAUCGCAUUUCAGAUCGGCUCUCAACUACGCAAGUUAUACUUCCUUUGCCGUAAACAAUUCACUCCUAACUGCCUUUUGUCCUGCAGCAAUCAGCAGAUAUAGAUGGGAUCGUCAGAUCAACCCCGAUAUACCAAUUGAGUAUUCGGACGAAACUGAACCAGAAGAAACUCGUAGACCACACAUGCCUCAGAACGUCGCCAACUCUCAUGUCUCCAAGAAACCUCGAACUAACCAACCGAUGGAUAAUCAGUCUCCAAUUUCCAAUGACUGAUCAAUAGCCAACCAAUCUCCAGUUAUGUCCCCAACGGCUUCUCGAACAACCUUAUCAAUGACGGAAGUCGUCCCUACGACUUCAAGAGUUUCUAAAACAAGCUAACUCAUGAAAAAUGUACUUCUUCAUCAUUAUCUAAGAAGCUCUCAAACCAGCCGGACAAAAGUAGACCAUGGGCGCCUAAUGCCAUCUUUAAGCUCAACAAAU